CGCCCGCGGGAGCGCGCCCGUGUGCGGGAGCGCGCCCGAGCCGAUGCGGGCCCCGCGCUCGGCCCCGCGCGCCCCGGAGCCCCGCGGCCCCGCCGGAGACCCCAAGCCUCGGCCCGCACCCUGCCGGUUCAUGAAUCACAGAGCGCCAGCAAACACCCGCUACAAACCCACUUGCUACGAGCACGCGGCCAACUGCUACACCCACGCGUUCCUCAUCGUUCCCGCCAUCGUGGGCAGUGCCCUUCUCCACCGGCUCUCCGACGACCGCUGGGAGAAGAUAACGGCAUGGAUUUACGGGAUGGGCCUCUGCGCCCUCUUCAUCGUGUCCACGGUGUUCCACAUCGUGACGUGGAAGAAGAGUCACUUGAGGACAAUGGAGCAGUGUUUCCACAUGUGUGACAGAAUGGUGAUCUAUUUCUUCAUUGCAGCUUCUUAUGCACCAUGGCUGAACCUCCGAGAGCUGGGACCCCUCGCCUCGCACAUGCGGUGGUUCAUCUGGCUCAUGGCUGCCGGCGGGACAGUUUACGUGUUUCUCUACCACGAAAAGUAUAAGGUGGUUGAGCUCCUUUUCUACCUGACCAUGGGGUUCUCUCCUGCUCUCGUCGUGACGUCAAUGAGUAACACCGAGGGCCUUGAGGAGCUGGCCUGGGGGGGGCUGAUCUACUGUCUGGGGGUCGUGUUCUUCAAGAGCGACGGCAUCAUCCCCUUCGCGCACGCCAUCUGGCACCUGUUCGUGGCCACGGCUGCCGCCGUCCAUUACUACGCCAUCUGGAAGUACUUGUACCUGAAUCCCUCCAACAUCAUCCGGCACUUAUGACGCCGUCGGAGCCCGGGCUCCCAACCGGGGCUCUCUCCCUUUGGGAAUCGGGGCCGGGGAGGCCGGGUUAGGGAGUGGGGUCCCCUCCCCUCCGCGCCCCCAGGAAGAACGAGACCGUGACACGGGGAGGCGGGUACGGAUCCGUGACUCUGGAUCCGAGCUUCUCCGUCGGGCGGGAGAGCGGGGCUCCCAGACAGAUGGUCCAUUUCAUCCCAUGGCCCCAGGAAUCUGUCGAGCCCGCCAACUGAUGUUUACAAACCCCGGUUUUGUACCCUCCUUUAAUUUUUCAGGUUUUCCCAGCCGAUGUGAGUUUUUCUGGGGGGGGGGGGAGUGUGCGGUUUUUUCUUUCCUCUAAACCACUAAGCUGGCGUGUGAACGCCAGCGCGAUCGUCUUGAUUUGAAGAUUCUAUCUUUUUGUUUCUGAAUUGAUUUCUGCCGCUCUUCCGUUAGCUGUGAGAAAGCGGAAUCACGGACACAAAUCGAACUACCAGGCUACUGUUUUAAACCGCGUUUCACAGGGACAGAGCACGGCUGUUCUUUAGUGGUAAUUUUGGGGUUUUUCGUUUUGUAGUUUUUUGAUGAGUGUUUCAUUGAGAACAUAUCUAUGCAGCAGUCAUUCAUGCACGUUGCGAAGACGAGCAGUGAACAGCUAACAUUCCACCUACUGACAAGCAUACCUCUUCCAACGAUUUUACUCCGAGCAGAGUAAUUGCCAAUUUUUAAGAACUACCAGAUUUCACCACUUUCCUGCCGAGUUGUAUCUUGAACAACGUUGCUCGACCCAGUGAGGUUUUUCCAGCAAGGGAGAGCCGAUACUUUUCCUGGAGGCCGUGUUCACCCUCCCCCGCCUCCCCUCGUGGCUCUGUUUCGGAAAUGCUUCGGAGGACGGGUGGAUCGCGCCUUGAUGGAGGAUUGGCCGGCCGCGUUACGCUGGAGGAGACGGGCGGAUGCCUCACGAGACGUGGCGCGACCGGGUCUCCGGCGGGCGCGAUUCGAGGUGCUUCGGAAACCACGUGAUUGGACGCUCGGGUUCCCGCGGCUCCCCCUCGGCCCAGCGACUCCCGCUUCCUUGGUCGUGUUGACCGUUUCCCCGCUCAGAGCCGCUGUGGGGGGUCUUCCGCCUGCCUCGACCUUGUCCCGAUCGUCUCUCCGGGUCUUACAUUAAGAUCGAAGCUCUCCCCCAGCUUGUUCGAUGCCUGAUUUGGGGGUGGAUCUUUUUUAAAAACCAACACAAAACAAACUCGUUGCCUUCAGGACUGAUUACAGAUGUUGCGUAUUUUCCAGCAGGAGUGUCGGUCACUCUAGAUUCACAAGGGUUGAGAUUUUUUGCAAUUUGGGGAGGCGGGGGUUGGGAGGGGGGUUGGGGAGGAGUGAAUUUUGUGAGGUUUUUAAUGUCAGGGUUCAGAAUUCUGUAUACUGUAUGAAUUUUGUGGAGAAGGAUGAGCGGAAGUUGGUAACCCGACCAAACUUCUAGCCCAGGCUGCUCUUCUCCAGAUUGACGGUCGAAUCAAGACCAGACAGACCGCCUUCUCGGAACGCCCGUCCUCCGGACGUCCGGACGCCUGUUUCUUUUUAACGUGUGUGUCGUUUUAACGUAUUAACUCUCUGGAUACAUGUAAUCCAUUCCAAUGCCACAGUGUAAAAACAGAAAGGAAAAAAAAAAGCCACCAAAACUGACGCGACGUUCUGCCGUGACUUAGAAUAAAACCCGACCUUGAAUUCGA